UAUAUAAAUACAUAUUAAUUUUAUUCUUUAAGUUUAAGUAAUGGACAUGUUUGUCACGUUUCGUUAAGAGAGACUUAUCGCCAGUGUAUUACAGAUUGUAUAAUAGAAUAAGAAGAAGCGGGUUGCCGCGAACAUAAUAAAAAAUCAAGAAAGUUGUUCCUAAUGUAGCUACAACGUAUAUACAUAAAAAGAAACAAACAAAAAAAGAAAGAGAACCAAAAUGACGAAUCUUAUUUUGGAAAUGAAAAAGUUCAAUUCCGAAUGUUGGGCAAAUAUAUUCACGGAAGUACACGGUGCUGUAGUUUACAUAGAUCAAUAUGCAACCGAAUGCUUACAUUGGUAUACAGCUGGCAAAGGUUACACGGCUUUGAGAAAUGUUGGUGCAAUCGCAGUUCAUGAACUUGGAAUGUAUCAUUUUCUAUAUUCAGAGGUAAAGAACAGCAAAAAAGCUGUUAUUGUAUCAACCGCUGGCGAUCCAGCAUUUUACCAACGAACAAUCAAGAUGAUUUUAGCAAAAAAUACAUUUGACAGCUGCACAAUAUAUUGUAGUGUUCCUUGUUGCACUACCGAUUAUCCCGGAGUCCAUUUAACAGAGGAGAAGUUGAAUUAUAUUAAAUUAAAAAGGGACAUUAAAAUUUGGAUGGCUUCAAGGAAUCCGUCACAAGAUCUUUCUGUUAACAUUAUCCACAUACCGCUUCUUAUUGCCCCUUUAAAUGACUACCUAUUCGUGACACCUGCUUUCGGAGAUUUUAUGCCACCUUUAGACACUAAUGUUACAGAAGAUAUGCUUCCCGAAAUAAGUCUUCUGGCAAAUUCAUUCUACAAACUAUUUGACAGUAUAAACGCCAAAUUAGACACUUAUUCUGUUGGAAAAUUCAGCAGUCUCCUUGCAGAGAAUUUAGAGAACCACAUGGCUAAUGGUAUUCGUCAAAAUCGUCUAUCAGAAGUCGAAGAAUUAGGAGUAUCCCUUAUUUUAAUAGACAGAACGCUAGACCUCUGCACACCCUCUAGCAAUAAUGUGGAAUCGUUUCUCACGAAAAUAUUGCGAGCAUUUCCGCGUUUGCCGCAACACAAUAAUGAUAUAGCAAUCAAAACGUCUCCCGUAUUUGGAACGAUAAGGGGAAUUUUACGGGCACACGAAGUACCCGGUUGCUUGGCGAAUCUAGAGAAAACUACGAUUGAUUUGUUUAUCUUAGAAAAUGAAAAAAAGUUAUUAGCUGUGGCCAAUCAGUCGCUAAACAAUAUGGCUUCUACAAAGGAUAGUCCAAAAUUGAGAAAUCCAAUGAGAAUUUCCGGUCACAGUUUAGAAAAAGCCCUUGGUAAAAUUCAGGUUACCAACAAAAUCGAUUCUGUGAUGGUUCAUACAGAGAAGGUGCAGAGCAUCCUGGCAAUAGUCGAAGCAUCGACGUCCCAAAAAACCAGUCAAUUCGAAUUACUAACUAGCUUAGAGAAAUUAGUAUUGCAAAAUCUUUCCGUCAGCCGAGAAUCCUCGAGUAUACUUACGCAAUUGAGUAACAUUAUAAGAACACGAAUUCACAGAGGACUCGACAUUGAAAACUUGUUUGCGUUGCUAAUACAUGUUUACGCCCUCGCGGGAACACAAAUUCAAUUUUCCUCACAGCAAGAACAGCAACUAGAGGAAUCAAUUGCGGAUGCAAUUUUCGAAGACUAUGAAGUUCUUAAAAGGAGUCCGUCAACUAACACGAUAUCCACCUAUCGACGAACUUUGCAAUUGUUGGAAGUGAACGACGUGGUCGCAGCGCGGGAAACAUCAUAUAAAAUAGCCGCGAGUAUUAUUCAUACACUUCGAUCAGUCGCGAACCAACGUUCGACGCUACAAGACUACAAAUUUUUGAUGAUAAAGGCAUAUUCCCAAGAAACGAAUCGCCCUAUCAGUAUUUUAGAACAAAUAACAAGAGAUAUAAUUUCACCGGGUACAGUUCGAGAACUAAGAGAUCUUCGUCAACGAUCAUCGUCGUUAAUUUCAGCUGGUUUCAAUUUACUCUUAAGAGGUAAAGUAAAGCGUCAUGCCCGUGACAAUCCGUAUAUUUUAAUAUACAUUAUCGGAGGAUUUACCGCUGAGGAAGCAAAAUUAGUACAAGAUACUACUGCGAUACAUAAUAAGAAUAAAACACCCUGUAUAAUAUUAGCAGGAUCCAGACUGUUAAAUCCACUGGAUGUAGUGGAGAAAAUAUUCUUCAAAUGAUACACUGCCUUAAUAAAAUUUGUAAAUAUAAUCUAGAAUUUAUCCUUCUCCUUGAUCAGCUAACCACU